CCCAGUUUAAUCCGUCUUGGGAGCCCCUGCGACGGUGCUUUUUCUAUGACUAUUUCAGUCUUUAUUGCAACAAGUUAGUGCCCUUUGAAUUCUGCACAUGGCAUAUUCCUUUCUGGAACCCAUCUGGCCAUAUGGACUUCCCAAGAACUGCUGUGAACGCCUGGCUCUUCCCAUGCCCUUUUAGAGAGAAGAGGACGCACAAGUUUCAUGUGGUUGCUAAAAACAGGAACCCAGGCUUCUGCAAACACAUCAAGCCUUCCUUAUUUCUAGCAGAGGAAGUAUGUGGCCUAUUUGGCAACUGCCGUUCUACAUGAUAGCAUAAGCUUCAUAACACUCGCUAGGGCCCCCUCCACCCGGCUGGCCCUCAUUCAGCUGAUGGAGAUUGAAUGACGAUGCUGACUGGCUGCCUACUGCUUGGAGCUGGUGUGAAGAGGGCAAGCAUGCUCACCCUCUAAAGUUUUGAAGCUGCUUCUUCUAAGCCAAGAGUGAGUAAUCAAGCAAGAGAGAUGGGCAACAGCAUGAAGACAUCUACUGCAGCACCUGAGAGACCUCUGCCUGGCCCAACGGGACUGGACAAUGACUUCCUUGCUGUUCUUUGUGAUUAUCCAUCUCCUGAUAUCAGCCCACCUAUAUUCCGCCGAGGAGAGAAAUUACGUGUGAUAUCAGACGAAGGAGGCUGGUGGAGAGCGAUUUCCCUUAGUACUGGCCGAGAAAGUUAUAUUCCUGGAAUGUGUGUGGCCAAAGUUUACCAUGGUUGGCUUUUUGAAGGAUUAGGAAGAGACAAAGCUGAAGAACUUUUACUGCUGCCUGACACAAAGAUGGGCUCCUUCAUGAUCAGAGAAAGUGAAACUAAGAAAGGUUUUUAUUCACUAUCGGUGAGACACAGACAAGUGAAACAUUAUCGUAUCUUCCGUCUACCCAACAACUGGUAUUAUAUUUCUCCAAGACUCACUUUCCAGUGCCUGGAAGACCUUGUGAAUCACUAUUCUGAGGUGGCUGAUGGGCUGUGCUGUGUCCUGACAACACCCUGCUUAACUCAGUGCACCACUGGCAAUGCAGAAAGGGCUUCGGGAUCUCCUGUUGUGAUGCGCCAGAAAAAUUUCAACUGGAAAAAUGUUGCCAGAGUACAAUCUGGUCCUGAUGGAGAAACAAACCACCUGGAGAUGGAUGAGUCACUCUUCAGCUAUGGCCUCCGGGAAAGUAUCGCCUCCUACCUCUCCCUGGCAGGAGAAGAUGGCUCUUCCUUUGCCAAUGACCGGAAAAAGAAAAGCCAUUCUCUAAUAUAUACUGGGAACAAACGCAAGAGUGCCCUGUUUUCUGCUCCUCAGUAUUUUGAAGAUUAGGCUACCAACCUAGAAGGAAAUAAAUGACUGAAUUCUCACCUUAAAUCUCCAUGUAGCCAUGAGGCCCAACUCCUGGUGGGCUCAGAGCAACCAGAAACAGAGAAAGAAUGGACACAUGGAUAAAUAAACUCUCAAUCUGUGCCCCACUCCUCAUCAGCACCCCCAAUCUCCCCUGUGUCAAGAAAAGAAAAAUCUCUCCUGGUGGCUAGAUAGUACUGUAGAUAUUACUGUAUGUUAAAUUAUAACUUAGUCAUACACUGGAUCAUAAGAAGUGAGCAUAUGUAUGAGAGAGAGAGAGAGAGAGAGAGAGAGAGAGAGAGAGAGAGAGAGAGAGAGAGAGAGAGAGAGAGAGAGAGAGAGAGAGAGAGAGAGAGAGAGAGAGAGAGAGAGAGUAUGGAAAAGGUACUCUCAGUAGAAAUGGUUCAAACAAUGGAAUCCAGAGUAAAAUUAUCUAGGUCCAACAGAAAGUCUGUUUGCUACCUUUUUCACUGAGUUGAUCUUUUCAGAAACACCAUAAGAAUAUUUCCUGGCUUCAAUUUUACUUUAAAAGUCAGUAUAUAGAAGCUCAGCAACACUAAAUGUGCCCUUUGUUGCAAAGCCUUCUUCAGAGUCAGAAAAUCGGUCUCUAGAUUGAGGCCAUGACACAGCCCAGCUUUGUUUGGGAAUGAGCUGAGGGUGUCCUGGCUCUUCUCCAGGAGCGAUUCUGGACAAGUCACUUCAAUUCUCUGAGCCUCAGUUUCCUAAUGUGUCAAAUAAGUGUGGGAGGUUGGAUGGGUCUCCUUCCAGUAAUUCCUUGACUCCAGAACUGAGCAUAACCCCUGCUUGAUGUUACCUCUGAGCCCUUAGGGACCAUGAGCGGAGGGUGCCUGCUGGGAUCAUCCUCAACACAAAACCUGGAAAUGGCCCCGGGGCCAAGACAAGACAAUCAAUGGGAGAAUCCCAAAGGUCUCAAGACAUUGUUAUCCUAUAAAGAGCACUGGAUUGACUGGGGUUUGAAUCCUAGCUCUGCCACAGACUGCCUAUGUGAUGGAGCUUCCUUACCUGUAAAAUGAAGAUCGGAUUCAUUGUGUGGAAAAAUCCUUCCUAGUUAUAAACCUUAGGAGGACAGUAUUCUGGCAAAGGCACGAAGAAAGACCCUUUCUCUGUUCCCACAAACCUACCCUGAACGGACACGAAGCAGUCACUAAAGAAUGAGUUUAUCUAAUGUGGCGGCUCCUUAGGACUCCAACAGGAGCUUUGGGAAAGGGUAAGGGUCCAAAUGGUUCUUUAGGGCAUACCCAGCUGGAGUCAGAGGAGCAGAGAAGGUCUUCUGGAGGGGCUGCUAAGCCUGCGCCAGUGCAUUACUCAUUUUUCCCAGUUUCAGAGGGACAGAAAGAAUUUGUGGACGUUGUCUCUAGGCUGAUAACAAAAAUGUAUAGUGCUUCCUCUGGGCAUGCUUGAGAUCUGAGGUCAGCACAGCAGUGGCAGAGAUAUGUGUGAGUCUCCAGAGCGGAGCACAAAGACCGUCUGACAUGGCCAGCCGUGCCAUUGAGUGGGAAUGUGCCACUGAGGACAAUGACGUUGCUCACCAAGCAAGGAGACCUUCAAGAACUCCAGAUGUCUGUAUAGGGUCUAACGUAUUGUUUCAAUUUGUGAUUCAUGCAAUUGAAUGCUUGGGGGCGUGUGUGCGUGCACUUGUGAGUGUGUGUGUGAGUGUGUGAGUGUGUGUGUGUGUGUGUGUGAUUCUAACUUCAGCAUUACACAUUGUUAAAUCAUGUAUUUAUUCUUGAUUUAAAUGGUUGUAAUAAAUAUUUCAUGCUUGAAUAGGCAAAGCAA